AUGAAGAAAACUUCAUCAGAAGCAGAGAAGGCGUGGAACAACUUGAAGCCAGAUGGGAAAGAAGACCUCCUCUGCCCCAAAACAGAGCACCACCACCCAAAGGAGCCCAUGAAGCUGAAGUUGAGUUCAUCUCAAGAUCAAAGCAAGGCUGAGCCAUGGUUGUUCAAACCAAAAGCUGGAAGUGUGUUCCCGGUGAAGAAGAGGUUAGUGAAGAGGAUGAUGUUUGAUCAAAUUGUGCAAUGUUUUUGCUCUGUUUCAGUUUCAGACAAUACUACUAAUAGGCCUUCUUCAGCUUCUACUUCAAACGCCAACAAGGUCAUCAUCAUCACCAACCAAGUUUACCCAAGCCCACCACCAUAG